UUUUUAAGGGUAAACGUUAGUUCUCGCACGUUGUAAACGGUGGCAAAUUGGUAAAUACAUAGGCUCCCACGUGCUAGGUCCGGAGGACACGCGUGACAUCACGUAGCGGCAGUUUCGUAAAUAUACGGUCAAAUCAAGGCUCGAAAACAGAGGAGGGUGAAAGUACGAGAGCGAUGACGUCAGGGACGAGGACGCCGACGUGGAGGGAGAGAGAGAACAACAAGAGGAGAGAGAGAAGGAGGAGAGCUAUCGCGGCGAAGAUCUUCACAGGGUUGAGAAUGUACGGUAACUACGAGCUUCCGAAGCAUUGUGACAACAACGAAGUGCUUAAAGCACUCUGCAACGAGGCUGGUUGGAUCGUCGAACAAGAUGGCACUACUUACCGCAAGGGAAGUAGUAGACCAGUACUAGAGCGUAUGGAGAUAGGAGGUGUUGGUUCAGCAACCACGAGUCCAUGCGCUUCUUACAAUCCUAGUCCUGUCUCCUCCAACUUCAUGAGCCCUUCGUACGCUAAUCUCACUUCAGGAGAUGGUCAAUCACUCAUCCCAUGGCUAAAACAUCUCUCAACAACGUCAUCCUCAUUCUACAUCCCUGGAGGCUCUAUAAGCGCUCCUGUGACCCCUCCGUUAAGCUCUCCAACAGCUACGACGAACCCUGAUCACUGGCAACAACAACUCAAUAGCUCUUUCUUUGUAUCCUCAACGCCUCCUAGUCCCACCAGGCAGCAGCAGCAGACCGUAGUACCUGACUCUGAAUGGUUCUCAGGGAUCCAACUCGCUCAAAGCGUUCCUGCUUCACCAACGUUCAGCCUCGUCUCUUCACGAAACCCUUUUGGAUUCAGAGAAGAUCAAUUAGCGUCUGCUGGUGUUGGUGGAGGUGGGUCAAGAAUGUGGACACCAGGUCAAAGCGGGACUUGCUCACCGGUUAUUCAGACAGGUGAUGUUCCAAUGUCUGAAGCCGUGGUGGCUCCUCCAGAGUUUGCGUUUGGGAGUAGUACUACAAAAGGGUUAGUGAAAGCAUGGGAAGGGGAGAGGAUACAUGAAGAGAGUGGUUCUGAUGAUCUCGAGCUCACUCUUGGAAACUCGAGCACAAAAGGUAAUUGAAAAAAAAAACGGUCCAACCAAACCAUAUUAUCAGUAUGUCGCCUUCAAUUUUAUUUUUCCCAUGUAAGGAAACACAACUUUAAAUAUUUGUUUAUUUGUAACCAGCUGCUAACCAACCUAAAACCCGGUCUGGUAUGGUUCUAAUCAGAUUAUAUGUUCUUUACA